CGAGGGAUAAUGAGCAGCUUCUUCUCUCCCAGUGUUUCCUCGACACAUGAAGGAGGAAAGUGUCUGUAAAGUGACCUGAAGAGACUUCAGCAGUGAACUAUGGCUCAGUUUAUUGAAGACUCCAGCCUCAAGGACUGGAAGGUGAUUGGCUCCGGAGGUUUCGGACAAAUCUACAAAGCCAGGCAUCGUCAAUGGGCCUGUGACGUGGCCAUUAAACUGCUUCGUUAUGACGACGGGACCAAUGAAUCUUUGCUGCGUGAGAUCAAGAGGAUGCAAGAAGCAAGCAGCCCGCAUGUUAUUCGUGUCCUAGGGGUCUUCAAGGGUCUACCGCCCAACUCUGGUUGGGAAACACAGCUUGGUGUGGUCAUGGAGCUCAUGGAGAGAGGAUCACUGGCCUCCCUACAGGAAGCCUUGGAUGGACCUCCACCCUGGCCGCUGGUCUUCAGACUGGCUCACCAAGUGGCUCAGGGUAUAAACUACCUCCACAGUCUGCCCCGUCCCGUUCUCCACCUGGACCUGAAGCCCCCCAACGUGCUGCUGGACGACUCUCUCAAUGCCAAGCUUACAGAUUUUGGCCUUUCCCGGAUUUCCUACAGCGUCACACAGGUUUCCAAGGAUGAUAAAGAGGGAGGGGGGACGACCAACUACAUGCCCCCGGAGGCGUUUGGGUUAACAUACAAACCUAAACGAGCCUCUGAUAUCUACAGUUAUGGGAUACUCAUUUGGUCCAUUGUCACAGGGAAACAACCAUAUGAAAAUGCACAGCCCACCAGAGUGGAGCUCCUCAUCCCAGAGGGACAGCGUCCACUGCUGGACGAUAUCAAGGGCGAUGCUCUGGGGUUGGCAGAAUUGAAAGGACUGAUGCAGAGAUGCUGGGACAAUGAACCCGAACAAAGGCCUCGAGCCCUUGAGUGUACAACUGAGACAGAACAACUAUAUAAGAUGCACAAAGAUGCAAUUUUUGACGCUGUCCAUGAAGUGCUUAAGAAACUGGACCAAAAGGCAAAAAAAAAAGUCAUGACAGAGCAGGUUCAGAGUGAUCAAAUCACUGAAGCUUCAGCGGACAAGAUCCAAAAGUCCCUGAGUGGAGUGAAGCUGUCUGCUGAUCCACCCCAGAGUGAACUGGGCACUCUCAGCGUGGACCAUGGUGGAGAGCAGGGGUUAAGACUUCGUCUGAUGAAGUAUGUCUGUGAACUGGAACUGGACACAAACACAGUACACAGAUACCUCAAACUGUCUCACAACAACAGGAAGGUGACAGAUGUGGGAGAGGAUCAGUCAUAUCCUGAUCAUCCAGACAGAUUUGACUACUGGGGUCAGUUGCUGUGUAGAAAUGGUCUGACUGGUCGCUGUUACUGGGAGGUCGAGAGGAGAGGAGUGGGUAAUAUAUCAGUGAGUUACAGAGGAAUCAGAAGGAGAGGACGCAGUGAUGACUGUAGGUUUGGAUGGAAUGAUCAUUCCUGGUGUCUGGAGUGCUCUGAUGAUGGUUACUCUGUCUGGCACAAUAAGAGAGGAACAUCCAUCUCCUCCUCCUCUGUCUCUAACAGAGUAGCAGUGUAUGUGGACUGUCCUGCUGGCUCUCUGUCCUUCUACACAUUCUCCUUUGACUCACUGAUCCUCCUCCACACCUUCAACACCACAUUCACUCAACCUCUUUAUCCUGCUUUUGGGUUCGGCCAUGGUGCCUCAGUGUGUCUGAGUCCUCUGCAGGACUGAGAGUCUCUCCUGUGGACAGAAACACUGACUGAAGAUCAGCUGCUGAAAUCAAAGUUCAGUCUGUUCACCAUCACACACACUCUGCACUGUGAAGCAGAUCUGAGACUCAAACACAAAAACAUUCAUCUGAUUUCAUCUCUGGGAUGAUCAACAUUUGAACUGUUGGACUAAAAACACUUCAUGAUCUGUAACAUCUAAAAAAUAAUCAACUGUUAUUGGUUACUGUGGUAUAUUGACAUUCUAUAACUUUCUAUACACUUUGACUUAAGAGUUG